GCCCUCCUUGCCGCCCGCGCUGCCGCCGCCGCCGCCGCCGCCGCCGCUACUGCUGCGGGGGCCGCGGGGGGCGCAGCUGGGGCGCGGCUCGGAGGGGAGGCUAGGGGGCCGUGCCAGGCCCGAAGCCGAGGCGGGGCCGGGAUGCGGCGCUGAGGCCCAGCAUGGCCAGCCCGGGCCCCACCUUCCCGCUGCACCGGCUCGUCUGGGCGAACCGGCAUCGCGAACUGGAGGCCGCACUGCACAGCCACCAGCACGACAUUGAACAGGAGGACCCCCGCGGGCGGACCCCACUGGAGCUGGCCGUGUCUCUGGGAAACCUGGAGUCCGUGAGAGUGCUCCUUCGACACAAUGCCAACGUGGGCAAAGAGAACCGCCAGGGCUGGGCAGUCCUGCAGGAGGCAGUCAGCACUGGAGACCCGGAGAUGGUGCAGCUGGUGCUCCAGUAUCGGGACUACCAGAGGGCCACGCAGAGGCUGGCGGGCAUUCCGGAACUGCUCAACAAACUUCGCCAGGCCCCUGAUUUCUACGUGGAGAUGAAGUGGGAGUUCACCAGCUGGGUGCCCCUUGUGUCCAAGAUGUGCCCAAGUGAUGUGUACCGCGUGUGGAAGCGGGGUGAGAGCUUGCGAGUAGACACCAGUCUCCUGGGCUUCGAGCACAUGACCUGGCAGCGGGGCCGGAGGAGCUUCAUCUUCAAGGGCCAGGAGGCAGGAGCCCUGGUGAUGGAGGUGGACCAUGACCGGCAGGUGGUGCAUGUGGAGACGCUGGGGCUCGCUCUGCAGGAGCCCGAAGCACUGCUGGCCGCCAUGCGGCCCAGCGAGGAGCAUGUGGCCAGUCGCCUCACCUCUCCUAUCGUCUCCACCCACCUGGACACUCGUAAUGUGGCCUUUGAGAGGAACAAAUGUGGUAUCUGGGGCUGGCGGUCUGAGAAGAUGGAAACUGUUAGCGGCUACGAGGCCAAGGUGUACAGUGCCACCAACGUGGAGCUGGUGACACGCACACGCACGGAGCACCUCUCUGAUCAGGACAAGUCAAGGAGCAAAGCGGGGAAGACUCCGUUCCAGUCCUUCCUGGGGAUGGCCCAGCAGCAUUCCUCCCACACCGGGGCCCCCGUGCAGCAGGCAGCCAGCCCCACCAACCCCACAGCCAUCUCCCCUGAGGAGUACUUCGACCCCAGCUUCAGCCUGGAGUCACGGAACAUAGGCCGCCCCAUCGAGAUGUCCAGCAAAGUACAGAGGUUCAAGGCAACAUUGUGGCUGAGUGAAGAGCACCCGCUCUCCCUGGGUGACCAGGUGACGCCCAUCAUCGACCUAAUGGCCAUCAGCAACGCUCACUUUGCCAAGCUGCGCGACUUCAUCACCCUGCGCCUUCCACCUGGCUUCCCCGUCAAAAUUGAGAUUCCCCUUUUCCACGUGCUGAAUGCCCGCAUCACCUUCAGCAACCUGUGUGGCUGUGACGAGCCCCUGAGCUCCGUGUGGGUGCCGGCCCCCAGCUCUGCUGUCACCGCGUCAGGGAACCCUUUCCCGUGCGAGGUGGAUCCCACCGUGUUUGAAGUGCCCGAGGGGUACAGUGUGCUGGGCACGGAGCGCAGCGAGCCCCUCCGAGACGAGGAUGAUGACCUCCUGCAGUUCGCCAUCCAGCAGAGCCUGCUUGAAGCGGGCACUGAGGCGGAGCAGGUGACCGUCUGGGAAGCCCUGACCAACACCCGGCCCGGUGCCCGUCCUCCUCCCCAGGCCACGGUUUAUGAGGAACAGCUUCAGCUGGAGCGGGCCCUCCAGGAAAGCCUGCGGCUGUCCACAGAGCCCAGGGGCCCAGGAUCCCCUCCCAGGACACCCCCAGCCCCCGGCCCACCCAGCUUUGAAGAGCAGCUGCGCCUGGCCCUGGAGUUGUCUUCACGGGAGCAGGAGGAGCGGGAGCGGCGCGGGCAGCAGGAGGAGGAGGACUUACAGCGGAUCCUGCGGCUGUCACUCACCGAGCACUGAGCCACAGCCCCGGGAGGGCUGGCCAGGCCACUCCCUGCCCGCUUUUGUAAUUUAUUUAUUUAUAAACUCUCUGCUGCUGAGCUUGGGGCCUGGAGCCCCAGGAAUGGGCAGGCAGGGGAGACUGAGAUGGAAAUAAAGAGACUGUGGCAGCA